CGAGAAAGCGCUCCCUCUGUCACAUCCAGCCACGCGCCACUCUUCUCCGAAACCAUGGUUCUCUACGAGCUCUUCUGCAUUGCCCGUCCCUUCAUUCCUCGUCACGAGCUCCACAACCUUGUCAAGGCCACUGCCUUCAUGGUUCUCGACAACAACGGUGUUGUGCGCGAGAUCAACAGCCUCGGUGGCAAUGUCCUUCCUUACAAGAUGCGCGCCAACGCCACCAAGCCCUAUGAAACCUUUGGAACCUACUACUCGGUGAUGUUCGACUCUAGCCCUACCGUGGCCAAUGCCCUGGCUCGCAAGCUCCGGAAUGACGACCGCCUCCUGCGGUUCACUGUCCUCAAGCAGGAUGACCGCAUGGCUCGCUAUGGCUUCUACAACAAGCCCCAGACCGCGCUCAAUGACAACUAAGAGUGCUCUCCUCCUGCCUCUUGAUCCAUUUUGGCCCUCUUCCCCUGCUUGCUGGCAUCUCGCACUUUUGCGCAAUUGUCCAAGUGACAGCAGUGUGAAUGAACUCACCCCUCGCCCCUGCCCCCAGCCAGGGGGCACGGGAACGCGGGGGAGGGGAAGGGACCUGCCCAGCUCAAAUCCUCCCCUGGAGGCAGCCACAAGUCAAAGAAUGCUGCCUGUCUCCUUUUUUUCUCUCCGUUUCCCCCUCCCCGACCUACGCCCAGUGACGUUGUGUCACCUCUGCCUGAUCGACCGCAUGUGCGCGUGUGCGCCUCACCCAUAGAUUUCUCCGUUUCCCCAUACGUCUCUCGUAGCAAAAAAGCAAUAAAAUAAAAAUUCCCCGACA